AUGCCGAGGUCCACCUUCUUGGGCGCCAAGCGCGCCAGGGAGGAGCCCAGCUUCUGCGAGAGACCCAUGGCGUAUCGCGUCACCGCUCCGCUGCGGCGCAGGGUGCCUUGUGUCAUUGAGAGGGACGCGGUGGCAAAAAGCGCCGGGCCCUCUGUGCCUGCAUGUGCGGUGUGCCCCACGGUAGACAAGGGCGGACCCUCGUUCUCCGGUGCCUUGGGUUGGCCAAGUCACGCCGCUCUCUCGCCGGUGGAGAGCCGUCCGCUUGGGCACAGGCGCAACGUUUGUCAGCUGCUCACACUCAGCGCCUCUCCACAGGACGCGGGCACAGCCUCCCCCGCGCAUGGCCAGGUCGAGGUGGAUGUCACGAGGGGUGACACAGGCAAACAUUAUUGUUUUACCUUCCACGUGCCGGCCCCGGGUCCUCCCAGCAGUGCUGGGAAGGACAAAGCGAUAAAUGUAGCAUACCGUCACGCCGUUUUGCGUGCAUUACUUAACCAAGUGAGUUUAGCGGCGGCGUUGGCAGUGGAUCGUGCAUGGGUUGUUGUUUACCAUGGAAAAAACGUCCUGUCUGAUGCCGGGGCGGAGCUGCUUGUGUCAGCACUGCUUUCCAAGUCCCACCAGCGAAUCCCCCUUGCACUAUUCUACGGCGUGGAUUCCGUGUGA